GAGAUUAGAUAACGGCCUCAUUCAGAAAACCAAUUGCUGUAUCUAAUCUAAUCUAGGCGAGAUAUAGAGCUUCUGUUGUGGAUUCCAAAUUGGCCCUCCUUUACUUACCACCCGCCGACCUCGCGCACGCUCUACUUCACCGUAUCCAGCAUGCCCGGACCAGGAAAGAAAAAGCAGAAAUCGUUACCCAAGAAACCGACAAGCAGCAAUUCGGUUCGCGGUGACCAACUGGACUCGUUCUUCAAUGACAUCGACUCUACUGGAGGAUGGAAGGAUGUGGUCAUGUUUCUUUGCGACUAUUUUCAACUCCCAGACAUGAACAGACGUAGUGGACUUAAGAAAGUGCACGUCAAUUUCCCUCAGAUCUAUAGGAAACUUGACGACGCGUUCGCUCAAGCCAAAACACUCGGUAACGAUAAAGUUAUGGGUGGAAUUGUCUGUAUCUGGGCCAAAAUGUCUGUUGACGCGCGUCUAAGGAACAAACUGUUCAAGGAGGGGCUUCUCUCGAAACUGAUCCCACUGCUAGACAUGCGAUCGACACGUAUAGUUGGCCUGCAGGCUCUCGUGACAAUGACACAUCAUGGUGGGAUCGAAGUACGCGAAGACAUCGCGAAGGAGACACCCACUCUCCUUAGGCUUAUGCAAGAAUUCCCAGACGACGCGAAGGUCAACGAACUUGUCGUCAGCACGAUCUCACACGCGACAGGUAGUCUCAUUAACACCGACAUCAGCAUACCAGCACGUGUAAAGAAGGCGAUCGACAUGCCGACGCUUCUUAAGCUUAUUGUGGACGCGAUGCGAAAGCCCACUGCAGAGUACUAUCUUAUCAACCAUGGCAUGAAUUUCUUCAUGUCUGCGUCUAUGCACUAUGCCCGAGAGAUGAAGGCGAUUCCACCUCUCAUGAACCUCCUCGUUGCUGCUCUGCGAAGCAACGACCUGUCUAUCCGCUCCGACGCUGUUAUCACUCUCCUUCGUAUAAACAUUCCCGACUCAGAGGAAGAUACUCGGUUCAGCGAUCCCCACAAGUUCAUGGCAUCUAUCUCCCGUCCGUCCCCUUCACACCUUAAUGCCGCGUGUAUGCAAUAUGGAGCGACAAAGGUGGAGACGUACCUCAGAACGCAAACGAUGAGAGACUACCAGAAGGCUAUGAUGGAAUGUGCUCAGAACCAUGAUCUCGUCAAGCUUGGACGGACACUCGCAGACUUGAUCACCCGGACAGAGUACUCUGUUGCUGAAGGAGGGUACCAGGCAGUAAACGAACGAACAGGAAGAAUGGAACUCAUGGACGUCGGAUUGCCUUUUAAGAUGUGGUCGGACGCUUUACCCCAUUGCGCCAAAGCCCUUCGUGCCAAAGGCGAACUCGACAAAGCGGACAUUCUCGACAUCAAAUACUGGAUUCUCAAGCAGAAUAUUCCUAAGGCCACUGCGCAUGCUGAGAAGAGCCUCGAACGCAAUCCCAAUGUCGCAUACUUCUAUUAUGCUAUUGGAUUGAGCGCGGAUAGUACCCAAGCUUUACGGGCUGUCAAAAAAGGCCUGAAGGCGAAGCAGACCACCCCCUUCGUAAGGUAUUACCUUCUCUGGCGCGCUGUCGAGCAUGCUGGCAACAUGGCUAUCACAAUGUUAGCGAACUCCCCUGUAGGUGAACCGCAGUGGCAGGAAGGUGUCGCCUUCUUGGUCUCUGCAUAUGAAGAUGCGAAGAUGUUCUUCGCUGAAGCUCCGCCCGACGCUAAACACAUGCUCUGCAUACUGAACUGGUACAUCAUACUUGACAUCGCCAUCCAUGGUCCUGAGUUAUCGCCCAACCUACAGGAGCUUGAAGUAGCCAAGCAAAAGAUUGAGUGGGCCAGUCAAUUCGCAGAAUUCAUCGGAUCACCUCCCAGGAAGACUCAGCUUCGCCUCACCCGCGAAUUGAUCCUUCGUCUAUACCCGACCGCAACAAGAGACUGGGCUGACUUCAUUACCCGCCUGGACGGAAUGAGUUCUUUUACUGAACGAGAACAAGAGAAAUCUACUGAAAUUGCGGAAGAUACCCUUUCUGCUUGGUUGAAUGACCUUGAGCAUGAGGAGGGCGAGGAGGGCGGAUGUGGGGCACAUCACCAUGGGCCGUACAAAGCUCCAUCUGUUAGUAGAAGUCACGUCGAGCUGUACAGGUGCACCCAUUGCGGGAACCCCAGCGCUAUUCUACGCAAAUGUGGAGGUUGCGGGAAGACCAGGUAUUGCGAUUCCAGCUGUCAGAAAAUGCACUGGCCAGAGCACAAGAAGUCUUGUAAGACUAGUCCCACAUCUUCGACCUAAGUCAUCUUUGGCUCCUGUCAGGCCCUCGCAUCCUUCCUACUGAUUCAGACUUCUUCUACGCUUGCUGUAUUCCUCUCCCCUUGCUGCAUCUUCAUUGUACAAUAUUGCAUCCGCGAUCGAUUCGCUCUGCACACGGCCGACCUCUUUAAGUAAUAGAAUCCUGGUGGGAUCUUGUUGGUCUCGUACCUAGCCGCUGCGGUGGUUGGGGUGCGACCAGGAGUGGCUAGGUAUGAGAACAGGCUACGGAAAUCUUUGCAGGCCAAGGCUAGCGCGAUCAAACUAAUACAGGGUUUUAGCGUUUCUGAUUGCUCUCGCGGCAAGGUGAUGAAAUAGCUAUUUGUGAUGUCAAGGUUGAGGAUCCACGACCAGACAUUGGAGAUGCGACAGAUGGUUGAUUUCACAGAUGUGUGUAUUGGCAUUUCGCCUAGUUUACAACACCGCGACGGGCCAAUUUAGCAGCGACCUGUUUCCCCCGUUCGGAAAUCCCAGCAUAUAUAUGUUCUUGCGACUGCUCCGUCACGAUUCCGCUGGUUCAUCUGCUAUGCACAAGUUAAAAUAUUGCUGUCAUCUGACAGUCUAUUUGAAUCUUCCUCACAUGAGGUUAUUCCAUUGAUAGUAAGUUAUAUGUUGUCCUUGCAACCGUGAAUUUACUGUCAAUGGCUUACAGCGUGAGCUCGAAAUGAUAAUAUGGCAUUCAAUGCCAACACGCAGGGAUCAGAAAAGAAGAAACCCCAAGAACGACGAAAGGAGAAGCUACAAGCUUCAUUCAUGACAGCGACGAUAGUAAGAGAUGGAAAGAGAUUGCCGCUUUUCUUUGUACUUCCACCUACCGGAUGAAUAAUCAGCAAAUUCUUGUUGUCGACUGCUC